UCAAGCUUGUUUUGAUGGUUGAAGCAUGCGGUUGAACUGUAUAUAUGUGGUAGUCAUGUGCUUGAUUCACUGCAAUUCUGCAAACAUACUUAUCAACAUCUCCUUUGAAGGAGCCAGGAAGAGAUGGGAAGUGAGGAUGUUGCUCAAGGAGGUUCUACAAAGUGGGCAAACCCAGGCAAAGCUACGAUUUUGGCUCUUGGCAAGGCAUUUCCUCACCAACUUGUCAUGCAAGAUUAUCUCGUUGAUGGGUAUUUCAAAGACACCAACUGUGACGAUCCAGUCCUCAAACAGAAGCUUACUCGACUCUGCAAGACAACGACAGUCCAAACGAGGUAUGUGGUAAUGUCAGAAGAGAUCCUAAAGAAGUAUCCGGAGCUUGCCGUCGAAGGCUUACCCACUUUAAGGCAAAGGCUAGAUAUCUGUAAUGAUGCAGUCACAAGGAUGGCUGUUGAAGCUUCACAAGCUUGCCUCAAGAAUUGGGGCAGACCUAUUUCAGAUAUAACUCACUUAGUCUAUGUGUCGUCAAGCGAAGCUCGGCUACCCGGUGGGGACCUUUACCUAGCAAAAGGACUUGGACUUAGUCCUAACACUCAAAGGGUCAUGCUCUAUUUUGUGGGUUGCUCAGGAGGGGUUGCUGGCCUCCGAGUCGCAAAAGACAUAGCCGAAAACAAUCCUGGGAGCCGAGUUUUGCUUGCAACUUCUGAAACCACCAUUAUUGGGUUCAAGCCGCCGAGUGCUGAGAGACCAUAUGAUCUGGUUGGUGUUGCACUUUUUGGGGAUGGUGCUGGAGCCAUGUUAAUUGGCUCAGACCCAGUUUUAGGCUAUGAAAAGCCUCUCUUUGAACUGCAUACGGCAAUCCAGCAAUUCCUGCCAGACACUGAGAAGACAAUUGAUGGACGGCUAACAGAAGAGGGGAUUAGCUUCAAGCUAGCAAGGGAGCUUCCCCAGAUAAUAGAAGAUAACAUUGAAGGAUUCUGUACGAAGUUGGUCAAAGUUGUUGGGUUUCCCGACAAGGAAUACAAUAAGAUGUUUUGGGCAGUCCAUCCGGGUGGGCCUGCAAUCUUGAAUCGCAUGGAAAAGCGGCUUGAAUUGUUACCAGAGAAACUAAAUGCAAGCAGACGAGCUCUAAUGGAUUAUGGCAAUGCUAGCAGUAACACGAUUGUGUAUGUGCUGGAGUACAUGAUAGAAGAGAACCUCAAGAUUAAGAAGGAAAAUCAAGGAGAUAAUGAAUGGGGCCUGAUACUGGCUUUCGGACCUGGGAUUUCCUUUGAGGGAAUUCUAGCAAGGAACCUCACUGUCUGAGAAUAUCGUGCUCCAACAUCACGGAAACUUCCAUUGCAACAAGACAUUGUAUUCCAUAAUCUAUAGGUUCAUACCAUACGGCCUAAUAAGGUCUGUUGAUGCAAUUUGCUUCUUAGUCUCAUUGAGCUUCUAAUGGAAUUUAGCCUAAUAUCC